AUGCAUGCUGCCGCAUGGACCCCAUUAUACACAUUUUAAUUCCUAGUUACCUGUCUAAUUCUUAUAAAAACGCGCAUUUAAUUGUAAAAAAACAAAACUGCCUGCUUCACGAAGCACCAUUUCUCCCCAAACACUCCAUUAGUUACUUGUGUAAUUAGUUCUGUUGCACAGAUCCCCUCUCCAUAAUAAGCAUUUAAAUUCCUAGUUAUCCUAGUCUAAUUCUUACAAAACGUGUGGUUUUAUUAUAAAACCGAAACUUACCGACCCACAAUCCUAAAUUAUACCUGUUGAUUUUUUUUUAAAUUCUUGAUGUUUUCUAAGAAGUACCUUCUCCAGAAUGCAAUCUUAAUGAGUGGACUCGCUCUGUUUACAUUUAAAUGCAAUGCAAUUCAUAAUUUGUGGUUUGUAUCAAGUAAAAUGCACGGGUUAUAAGCAUCAAUUAAGGAUUCCCAAAAUACUUAUAUAAAGCAACAACAACAAAAAAGGAAAUUCCCUUAGGAUGCCAAAUAAACCGCUCACCACUUUCCUUACCGGUUGAUUAUGACUUUAGACACUCGGUGACUAGAUACGUCAUAGGCAUAGUUGAAAUAAGUAACUGCAGAUACUGGUUUACACAAACGGACACAAAUAUGCUGGAGUAACUCGGCAGGUCAGCAGCAUCUCUGGAGAAAAUGGCUAGAUGACGUUUGGUAUCCGGGCCCUUCUUCACACGGGCCAGAAGGGUCUGAACCGAAUACCCCGAAAUUAUAUAAUGUUAACCCGUGGAUGCACUUUUUUUAUGGAGUAUGGCAGAGAUACAAUCUGAACGCGUUUAAACAGAUACAUGAAUGAGGUGUCCCGACCCCAAACGUCACCCAUCCACCUUCUUCACAGAUGCUGCCUGGCCUGCUGAGUUACUCCAGCACUUAAUUUCCUUUAAAGUCACAAACGUAACUCAACAACGACCUUAAGACAUAGGGACAGAAUCAGGCCAUUCAUCCCACCAAGUCUACACAAUCCUGGCUAAUCUGUUUCCCCCUCUCAACCCCAUUCUCCUGUCUUCUCCCCACGACCUUUGACACACUUACUAAUCAAGAUCUUGUCAAUCUCUACUUUAAAAAUACCCAAGUCUGUGACAAUGAAUGCUGCAUUGGAACAAUAUUAGAGCAUUCAGUUUAUCGAGUCUACUCCGCCAUUCAAUCAUGGUUGAUCUAUCUUUCACCUCAAUCCCAUUCUCCUGCCUUCUCUCAUUAACGCCCUUACUAUUGAACCAUAAAAGUAUCCUAUAUUUUGGCUUCCACAGCCGCCCGUGGCUUGCUAUAACUAGUACGUGGUAUAAAUAACUCCAAUGCAUGAGACCCAGAUUCCAUAAUCGGUCUAAAAUGUUCCAAUUACAUGUUGUCUGUGGAAAUGCCGUGGGGGAAAGGGAGGUGAGGAGGUUGUCCCGAGUCACGGUCUUGCUACCUUAAAAAUCCACAGCGCUAACGUCACCUCGGAAAUUUACCAAAGAGAGACUUGGCCAACUGUGUGUUACGGGCCCGGCCCCCGGGCGUUCAUUGGGCUUGUCUACGCUGACGCUUGCUGACGCUCGGAGACUUAGUUACACGCUGCCAGUGGAAGAGAGGAGCUCACAUAAACAAAGGCACAUUGGAGAGUAGGGCCAGUGCGAGUCUGAUCGCCCGCCUUGCAUGUCGGGGACAGCAACCUGUAUCGACCACUACCACCGCUGCUAUUGCCGCCGCCGCCGCUCCACAACUUCAAACGUCAACAUACAAAACACCGCUGCACCUCCAAAUUUCACCGUCUACACAUCCUGAGAUCUACAGUUUCCAAAUGAGAGGUGGAUAAGAAGCAAGAAAGGUUUCAUUGCAAUAUCGCCUAAACUGCGAUUUUAUAAAAUUCCGAAUUCUGCACGGUUGGAAUAUAAACCACAACAGUGUCUACUUUCCAUUUCUUUCGCAGUCAUUUGGCAGAAGCCAUGCCCUGUGUUCAAGCUCAAUAUGGGUCAUCGCCUCAAGGAGCUAGCCCUGCCUCUCAGAGCUACACCUAUCACAGUGGGGAGUUCAGCAAUGACUUCCUAACGCCCGAAUUCGUCAAAUUCAGCAUGGACCUCACCAACACCGAAAUCACAGCCACCACCUCGCUGCCCAGCUUCAGUACCUUCAUGGAGAACUACACUUCCAAUUACGACGUGAAACCCCCUUGCCUGUACCAGAUGCCUCUGUCCAAUCAGCAGACCGCCAUCAAGAUCGAAGACAUCCAGAUGAACGGCUACCACCAUCAGAAUCACCUCCAACACCCAUCGGAUGAGAUGAUGCACUCCGGUUCCAUGUACUACAAGCCAUCUCCACCCCCGACCCCAACACCUCCGGGCUUCCAGGUCCAACACAACCCAUUGUGGGACGAUCCCAAUUCUCUUCAUAGCUUUUCUCAAAACUAUGUAGCUACUACCCAUAUGAUAGACCAGCGGAAGUCGCCCGUCUCCAGACUAUCUCUCUUCUCCUUCAAACAGUCUCCUCCCGGUACCCCGGUGUCCAGCUGCCAAAUGAGGUUUGAUAACCCCUUGCACAUGUCCAUGAACCCGGAGACGGGAGGUGGACAUCAUGUGGUGGACAGCCAGAAUUUUGCUGUCCCUAACCCCAUCCGGAAGCAAGCACCCGUGGGCUUUCCCGGUCUCCAGAUCGGCCAUGGAUCUCAACUGAUGGACAACCAGGUGCCAUCGCCACCAUCUCGCAACUCUCCGUCGAACGAGGGCCUCUGCGCCGUUUGUGGGGACAACGCCGCCUGCCAACACUACGGGGUGCGAACAUGCGAGGGUUGUAAAGGCUUCUUCAAGCGCACAGUGCAGAAAAACGCUAAAUAUGUUUGCUUGGCUAAUAAGAACUGCCCAGUUGACAAACGCCGCCGUAACAGGUGCCAAUACUGCCGCUUUCAGAAGUGCCUCGUCGUUGGCAUGGUGAAAGAAGUUGUUCGCACCGACAGCUUGAAAGGCCGCAGGGGUCGACUGCCGUCCAAGCCUAAGAGUCCUCAAGAACCAUCUCCGCCGUCGCCCCCUUUAAGCCUCAUCACAGCCUUGGUCAGAGCCCACGUCGACUCCAACCCUGCCAUGCCCAGCCUCGACUACUCCAGAUUCCAAUCCAACCCCGAAUAUCAGAUGAGCGGCGGGGACACCGAACACAUCCAACAGUUCUACGAUCUUCUGACCGGAUCUAUGGAAAUAAUUCGCAGCUGGGCAGAAAAAAUCCCAGGCUAUACCGAUUUGCCAAAGGAAGACCAAGACCUACUCUUUGAAUCGGCUUUUCUGGAACUCUUCGUGUUGAGGCUGGCUUACCGAUCCAACCCCGUGGACGGCAAGCUGAUAUUUUGCAACGGCGUGGUUCUGCACAGAUUGCAAUGCGUUCGUGGCUUUGGGGAGUGGAUAGAUUCAAUUAUUGACUUCUCAUCUAACCUGCACAGUAUGAGCAUAGACAUCUCAGCCUUCGCCUGCAUUUCUGCCCUCGCUAUGGUUACAGAGCGACAUGGGCUGAAGGAACCCAAGAAGGUGGAAGAACUUCAACAUAAAAUUGUAAACUGUCUGAAGGACCACGUGACUUUCAACGGAGGAAGCUUAAAUCGUCCGAACUACUUGUCCAAACUUUUAGGGAAAUUGCCCGAACUCCGAACCCUUUGCACACAAGGUCUUCAACGCAUCUUUUACCUGAAGCUGGAAGAUCUCGUCCCACCGCCUACAAUAAUCGACAAGCUCUUCCUCGACACACUACCCUUUUGAAUGCAAACCCUGAGCAUUUGGACUGAGAGGGAAAAAUAAAACAGACAAACAAAAAAGAUAUAGAGAAACUAUAACAAAGGAUGUGAUUCUACUGCCCCAGAAAAGCGGCAGAGACAUUUCUACAAUGGAAAGAGACCUUGGUGCCAAAUGCAUUUGCAAAAAGACUUGCAACUUUUUGCGCUUGUUUAAGAAAAAACUUUGUAUUGCAAUCGUUUACUGAACUGGAUUCACAGCAAAUAAACCUUCAAAACGUGGUAUAUACAGUUUUUUGAUUAUCCGUUUUAUUGUUUUUUGUUUGAUUAUUGACGAGGCGGCUUCUCCCAAGAAUAGCGUCCCAAACACAUUUUGAUAGCACUCAUAAUUGCAGUAUAUAAAAUGAAUAUCUGUUGGUAUGGUAUAAAAAUGGUGUAUAAAAACCUUCACCUUCUUUAAAGCUCGUGCUCUUUUUGCAGUUAUAUGCGGUAGUAUUUGCAAAAUAAUGAAUUAGUUGAUAUAAAUACAGCAAUUAUGCGAUGCGUCCCUAAACUGCAACAGUUGUAAAUUAUCAAAUCAAGUUGUUUUGCUCUGAUUAUUUUACUGAUUGGAUUGAAAUGUAAGAGUGAAGAAAUGUAAGAUGAAGACCUAUUAGCGGUUAGAAACCAGAAUGACCAAGCAUGUGAAUACCAUCGCAAGACUAAUCUUCAUACUUGUAUGUUGGAAAUAUUAUAGGCACUUGGUAUUUCUUGAUGGAUUAUGUCUACAUUAUGGGAACCUAAGAAAUUGUAUUCCAGACACUAUGUAGUCUGUUAGUUUUUUUUUAAAGACAAACGUAGUGUUUGAUAUCUUGUUAGCAGAUGCACAAUUUUAGCACCUGGCUACAAGUAUACACUAACUGGCAUCUUAAAAGAGAUACAUCGUGUUUGUAUAAAUCGUUCAACAUUCAUUGUUUGUAAGUGUUGUAUGUACUGUUGAUGUUGAUAAAAAGUUUAUAUAUUAUUUUUUGGCGUCUGACAUGAAUUUGCAUGCUCCUGCUAUUGGCGGUUUUCAGAGUGCUUCUGGAGGCGAUGUCCUGCAAUCUACUGAGCACUUUGUCCCUCUCCCUUUACGUCUGCAGAAAGGUGACCGUUGUCAUUUCAUGUUUCAGUGGGAUUUUUAAAAGAAAGUAUUUACAUACAUGUAGGUUUUACUUUGUAUAUUAAAAUAUAUAUAUGUAUGCAGUACGUAUACAUUUUGACCUACAAGUCACUGCCUUUUCUAUUGUGUACCUUACAUUUAGAAAUGCUUAAAGUAUGUUUUCUGAGAAUUCUUUCUUUGAGAAAGAAACAUUUAAUGUUUACAAAAAUAAAAAGAUGUCUUCAAAUAGCUGUUUCGUGGAU